AUAAGAAUAGUAAGUUUUAGUUUGUCACAAGUGAUUCCAUAGUGGAGUGAAUUUUAAACAAGUUGCUGACUCGUAAUGAACAAAAUGUGACAAUAUAAUUAUUAUGCUCAUCUUGUUUCUGAGAUAUAUUAUUUUGAACCAAAGGAAGAAUCAUGAUUAACUCUACAUAUGUUUCAUAUUUCACACUCGGUGCCUACGUUGACACUGAGCUGUUUAAAUUGUUUUUUAUGAUUAUUAUGUUAUUUUACGUGUUAAUUAUUUGUGCCAAUGUGUUGCUGAUUGUGGUUAUCUGUCUGAACAGGAGCUUACAUGAACCCAUGUACAUUUUUCUGUGCAGCCUGUUUGUCAAUGAGCUGUAUGGUAGUACAGGGCUGUAUCCAUUCCUUCUGGUUCAGAUCCUCUCUGACAUUCACACUGUUUCUGCUCCUUUUUGUUUCCUGCAGAUUUUCUGUGUGUACACUUAUGGCAGUGUGGAGUUUACUAACCUAGCCGUCAUGUCUUAUGACAGAUAUCUGGCUAUCUGUUGUCCUCUGCAGUAUCACACAAUAAUGACAUAUAAUAAGGUUGUCAUGCUCAUUGCUGUUAUAUGGUUUCUUCCUAUAUUUGCUGUUUUUGUCACAACGUCCCUGACUGCCUCCUUACAGCUCUGUGGGGUCAUCAUUGAUAAAGUGUACUGUGCCAACUAUUCUAUCAUAAAACUGGCAUGUUCUGACACCAGAGUCAAUAAUCUCUAUGAACUCAUUGCUGCUUCUCUCACAGUCUGUGCUCCGGUAUCUGUAAUCAUUUACACGUACAUUCAGAUCCUUAAAGUGUGUUUUUCUGGUUCCAAAGAGACGAGACAGAAAGCCGUCAGCACCUGCACACCUCACCUCGCUUCUCUGCUCAACUUUUCUUUCGGGGUUUGUUUUGAAAUAUUCCAGAGCAGGUUUGAUAUGAGCAGUGUGCCCAACAUGUUGCGAAUCUUUUUAUCGUUGUAUUUAAUUACAUGCCAACCAAUCUUCAGCCCUGUAAUGUACGGCCUCAAUAUGUCUAAGAUACGCACUGUGUGUGAAAGCCUUCUUUUAAGUUCUCUCAGAUUUGUUCAGCUUGAGAAACACGAAGGAAAACAAUAA